CUAGCUGUGGGUCUUGUUGUUGUUUCCGUGGUGAUAAUUGCUCUGCUGGUAGUGACUUUUAGGCUGAUGAAGAGAAGAGCUGAGAAAAAAAGAGCUGACAGACCAUCGAGGCCUCUGUCCUCAGCUAGACAAUCAAGAGAGCGGAAUUCUGUCAAAGAAAAUUAUCCACAAAACUCCAACACCACCCAACCUGAUACAGUCUACCAGACCCUGAACCCCAACACUACACAACAUGAUACAGUCUACCAGACCCUGAACCCCAACACUACCCAACCUGAUACAGUUUACCACAGCCUGAACCCCAACACUACCCAACCUGAUACAGUUUACCACAGUCUGAAUCCCAACACCACCCAACCUGAUGCAGUUUACCAGAGCCUGAAACCCAACACCACUCAGCCUGAUAUAGUUCCCAAAGGCUGACCCCCAACACGACUUAACCUGAUGCCAUUGACCAACCUGAUGCUGUUUACCAGAGCCUCAUGUCAGUGAGUGGAGUAGCAGGGCCUAGCAACAUCAAGUGGAUUUUAUUAGGUAGCAUACUGUGACAUUAGGACCGCAGGGCCUAGCGCCAUCAAGUGGAUUUUCUUAGGUAGCACUGUGACAUUAGGACAGCAGGGCCUAGUGACAUCAAGUGGAUUUCAUUAGGCAUACCUAUAGCAUACUGUGACAUUAGGACAGCAGUGCCUAGCGACAUCAAAGGGAUUUUAUUAGGUAGCAUACUGUGACGUUAGGACAGCAGGGCCUAGCGCCAUCAAGUAGUUGGUAGCAUACUGUGACAUUAGGAGAUCCUGAGCUGAGUUCCUGUAAACCUUCAUAUGACAAAGACCAUUAUAAAAUGUCAUAGAACCUUUUUGUUUUUAUGCUUUUGGUUUGUUCUGAAUUAAAUAUUAAAUAAUAUACAAUGUACUGACGU